AUGGGUAUCGUGGAAGAGGCUCAUAACGUGAGAAUAGUUGGGAAGGGGAAUCAAACCGUGAUUCUGGCUCAUGGGUUUGGCACAGACCAAUCUGUGUGGAAGCACCUCGUACCGCAUCUGGUUGAUGAUUACCGCGUGAUUCUAUACGACAACAUGGGAGCUGGUACCACAAAUCCAGAAUACUUCGACUUUGAACGAUAUUACACAAUUGAUGGGUUUGUGUAUGAUUUGCUGGCCAUUUUGCAAGAGCUUCAAGUGCAAUCUUGCACCUUCGUUGGUCACUCUCUUUCCGCUAUGGUGGGCCUCCUCGCUUCCAUCUCCCACCCUCAUCUCUUCACUAAGCUCAUCCUCGUCUCUGCCUCUCCAAGGUUUCUGAAUGAUUCAGAAUACUUUGGAGGGUUUCAGCAAGAAGAUCUGACGCAGUUCUAUGAUGGUAUCCGAUCGAAUUACAAAGCGUGGUGUUCAGGGUUCGCUCCUCUGGUGAUAGGCGGAGACAUGGACUCGGUGGCGGUGCAGGAGUUCAGUCGAACCCUAUUCAACAUGCGACCCGACAUAGCCCUGAGUUUGGCGCAGACCAUAUUCCAGUUCGAUAUGAGGCCAAUCCUGGGCCGCGUCACGGUGCCCUGCCACAUCAUUCAGAGCACAAAGGACUUGGCAGCGCCCGUUGUGGUGGCCGAAUAUCUGCAGCAGAACCUCGGCGGAAAGACCAUCGUGGAGGUCAUGCCAACGGAGGGUCACUUGCCCCAGCUGAGCGCGCCGGAUGUGGUGAUUCCGGUGCUGCUCAACCAUAUCCGCCACGAUUUGGCGGAGACCAAAUGA